AUGCAUAGCAAAAGAAGGAGCUGGGACUGGACACAGUGCUGGAACAAGAUCAAUGCCCUGAGAUGUGCGUUUCAUCAAGCCAAGGAUGAGCACGCUUGUUCUGGGGCAGGGCACAUAAUUGCUUCUUUCUACAACCAGCUGUCCAUCAUUUUCUCCAAGGAUGUGGGUGAGGUUUCCUGUUUCCAGUUGUUUGGGACUGGCAUUAUCCUGGAGAGCACACCUAAGGAAGGAGCCUCUCAGUGUCCUGAGAUGGAAACCAUGAACAUAUUGGAGCAGUGGGGCAACUGCUCCAUGGUGCUGGAUGAGAGGGACACCCAAGAGGAGAUGACCCUGAUCAUGACCCCAAUCUCACCUCCUAUUCUACUGAGUAGUACAGAUGAGGAGGAGCAGGAGGACACCACUUUGGAUAUGGUACCACACCAGAGGUUCCUCCAAAGACGCAAAGAAUGGUUUCUGUUCCCAAGAUGCAAGAAGAUUCGCAAGCGGGGACUUCUACCAUGGCUGAUGCCAGCUGGGGACAUGCUUCCAAACCUUUGGCCUCCAGCUUGCACUGGAGCAGAGUGCUCCCCGGAUUAUCACCACAGGCAGCAAUACCCCAGACAGAGCAUGAUGGAGGCUUUGGUGGAGGUGGCACAAACCCAAGUGGCCACCACAGAUGACUGGCAGGACAAAGUCUGGAAGAUGCCUAGGUCUGAUGAAGAUCGGGAGAAUUGA